AUGCGUGGUCCGUUAGAGGUGACUAGGAAGCUAGCAUGCAGAGAUAGUUUGACAAUAAAUCUCAAAGUUACCUAUGAUUCUUCCUCUACGGAUUCCAAGGCAUUAGUGGAUAGCGGAGCGAAUGUGUACGCAAUGAUAGACGAAGGGUAUUGCCGAUCGCUAGGCAUACCGACGCGGAAGCUGGCCGAUCCGAUCGACCCGACAGGCUUCGAUGGCAGUCCGGCACCACAGAUCACAAGUUAUGCGAUGCUUGAUAUUACGAUUGAUGGCCGAGAGCAGCGAGAUCUCCCAUUCUUGGUCACGAGGCUGGCAGGCACAGAUCUGAUGCUUGGACUACUCUGGUUCGAAGAGGUUGGCGCGUUGAUCGAUUGUAAGAACCGAUGUCUUCGCUGGCCGUCUUGCGAGGCUUCGGUAGCGCCUGUCGCGUCUGAGCCAGUGGCGCUAGUCGCGUCUAGACCAGUGAGGCGUACGUAUAACAAUUACCAUCAGACCGAUACAAUGGUGAAGAUGCACCGGUCUCUGGCGGACGAGAGUUACGAUUAUGGACCACCCAGGGUGAGGCAGACUCGGCUUGCCACGCCAGCGGGCUUCCAGAUCGCGAUCGUGGGGGCUCCUGGCUUCCAUCGGCAUCAGCAAGAGGAGGGCACAGAGGUCUUUGUAUCCAGUCUCCAACAGAUUGAGAAGGUGCUGGAUGAGAUGGAAGAUUCAGCGGAGCUGGACGAUGUGAAGCAGAAGGUGCCACAUCACUAUCACGAUUACGCAGAUGUCUUUUCGAAAAAGGCAUCGGAUGCGAUACCCCCAUAUCGUAAAGGGGUGGACUGUGAGAUACGACUGGAAGGGGAAGGAUUUGAUCCCGGAUACUGCCCUUUGUAUAAGAUGUCAAGGGAAGAACUUGAAUUCUCGCGUCAGUAUAUUUACGAUAAUAUCGGGAAAGGGUUCUUGAUACCGAGCACAGCACCUUUCGCAUCGCCAAUCCUAAUUGCGCGUAAGCCAGAUGGUGGACUCCGGUUCUGUGUUGAUUAUCGUAAGCUGAACGCGAUCACGAAGAAAGAUGGCUAUCCACUUCCCCUGAUCGAUGAAUUAAUGCAGCGUGUUGCUGGAGCGAGGUACUUCACGAAGCUGGAUAUUCGGCAAGGGUUCCACAGGAUUCGGAUGGCGGACGGAUCGCAGGAUUUGACAUCCUUUCGGUCACGAUAUGGCCAGUUCAAAUACACAGUGAUGCCGUUCGGGGUGACGAAUGGGCCUGCAACCUUUCAGCGAUAUAUCAACAAUGUGUUGGCCGACUGUCUGGACGUCUUUGCGACUGUGUAUGUAGAUGAUAUCCUCAUCUACAGUGAGACCCUCGAGGAGCAUAUCCAGCAUGUGCGUCACGUACUUGAGCGCCUGCGGGGUGCUGGCCUCCAGGCUGCCUUACACAAGUGUGAGUUCCACGUGGAGGAGACUAAGUUCUUAGGCUUUAUCGUCGGUGUCGACGGCGUACGUGCAGACCCGGAUAAAGUGGCAGUUAUCAAAGAUUGGGAGACUCCAACGACAGUACGGAGGGUGCUAUCGUUCUUGGGGUUCUGUAACUUUUACCGGCGAUUCGUGGCUGAUUAUAGCAAAAUUGCGCGCCCCUUACAUCAUUUGACGUGUAAAGGGACACCCUGGUCCUGGACGUCGGACUGCCAGGAGGCAUUUGACACUUUGAAAGCCGCGAUGGUGGAUGCACCGAUCCUGCGUCAUUACGACGUAUCCUUGCCGACACGCAUAGAGACAGACGCCUCGGAUGGUGUGAUAGGAGGAGUGUUAUCGCAGCUGCAAAAGGAUGACUUUUGGCAUCCAGUGGCUUUCUUCUCGAAGGCUAUGCAAGCCGCAGAGCGGAAUUACGAGAUCCACGACAAGGAGCUUCUGGCUAUUAUCCGUGCGUUGCAAGAAUGGAGGCCUGAGCUGCAAGGUGUCGGCUUCGAUGUUUUCUCUGAUCACCAAGCGUUGCAGUGGUUCGCUACGAAGAAGCGUCUCAACGUACGGCAGAUCCACUGGAUGCAGGACAUAGCCGGUUACCAGUUUACGAUCCAGUAUCGACCAGGGAAGGCUAAUGUUUUAGCUGACGUGCUUUCCCGGAAAGAGACUCUUCUCGGCGCUCCUGAGGAGCAGGUGGUGCUUCCUCCCCGAUUCUGGACGAAGCCGGUACUCUCUCCGGUCUAUACCAACGUGGUUGAUCGUGUAUUGGCAUCGAACCGCGCGGAUGAGAGCCUACAAGGGUUGCGUGAUCGUGCGAUGUCUGCGGAGCCGGGUGAUUGGUCGCUUAGCGAAGGGCUACUGCUGUCCAAUGGGAAGAUGGUAGUGCCUGACGAGGGCGAUUUACGCGCGCGGUUACUGGACGAGAUACACCGCCAACCAGGCCUUGCCCAUCCCGGUAUGGAGAAGAUGAAGCUUCUGUUGUCCCGUCAGUACCAUUGGCCCGGAUGGAGCAAAGAUGUGGAGCGAUAUUGCGACAACUGUACGACAUGUAAGCGUACGAAACCUUGGACGGAUCGAACUCCGGGGCUUCUGAACCCUUUGCCUAUCCCAGAGCGGCCCUGGCAGAGUAUCUCGGUUGAUUUUUGUGCCUUGCCGAAGGAUAAGGCAGGGUAUGACGAAGUUAUGGUGGUGGUGGAUAGGUUCAGCAAGCGGACGGUUAGCAUCCCGUGUCACCGUGAUAUUGAUGCUCGCAGUACAGCGCGUCUAUUCUGUGAUCAUAUCUUGCGUUGGUCUGGCCUCCCCGAUUCAGUGAUUAGCGAUCGAGGACCACAGUUCGUGGCCGAUUUCUGGGAGGAAUUCUGCCGCAUUCUAGGAAUCAAACGGAAGCUUUCUACUGCGCAUCAUCCGCAGACAGAUGGUCAGACGGAAGUGGCUAAUCGCUAUAUGGAGCAGAGGCUACGACCAUACGUGAACUACCACCAGGACAACUGGUCGGAUUUGCUUUGGUUGGUCGACUUUGCGGUAGCGAACAUACCGAGUGCGACCACUGGACAUUCGCCUUUCUUCAUCGAACGUGGGUAUGAGGCGCCACUAUCGUUCGAUUGGACAUCACCUGAGAAGGAUUCUCCAGAGAAGGAGGCCGGACGGGGGGCGGUGCGCGACCUAAAGUCGGUAUGGGAGGAGGUACGCCACUCGAUAUCGGAGGCUCAAUCGCGUCAGAAGUCAUACGCUGAUCGAUCUCGCCGGCCUGUUGAUUUCGAUGUCGACGAUAUGGUCUUCCUGUCCACGAAGCACCUACGCUUGGAGAGACCGUCUCGGAAGCUGUCAGAGAAAGCUCUUGGACCCUUUCGAAUCACUGAGAAGGUGGGUAAUUCUUACCGUCUGGAUCUGCCGGCGGAGUUGCAGAGUGUUCACGAUGUGUUCUCCCCUGACAAGCUACGACUGGCCUCGCAUACAACCCCGUUGACCGGCCAGAUCCCGGAUCCACAACCGCCAGUAGAGGUAGACGGUGGGAACGAAUGGGAGGUCGCAGAGGUGAUUGACUCGCGUCUUUUCCGUAAGAAGAUCCUGCAAUACCGUGCCAGAUGGGUCGGUAUCGAGGAUAACGCAUGGUAUCCAGCUGGUGAUUAUAAGAAUUCCACACGUGCGAUCCUGGAGUUCCACCGUCGAUACCCGUUGAAACCGGGGCCAUCUGUGCGUCUACCCUAUUGGAUUGAGGCUGCGGAGCGAGAUGAGUUCGCUGUCGAUCAUAUAGAUGAUGACAGAGCUGGUUGA